AUGGAAUUAAUGAUGACACCACUGGAAUAUCGAGCUUAUACAGUCUUUGAUGAGAGAAUACAUGAAAUGGAUAUUGUGGCUAAACAAUACCUGGAAAGUGCUUCAGCUGAUGUGCAUCACCUUAUUCCAGUCGACGUUCCCACUGAUGGAAACUGCCUAUAUCAUUCUGUUCUUAUUUCGAUGAAUAAUUCAACGGUAACCACUAGUGAAUUACGAGUGCGCACGAUUGUGGAACUUAUAACGAAUGAAACUUUUUACUCCAAUAUGUAUGCACAUGUCGUUGGACCUAUCGAUAUAGCCAUUAAAGGCGUGUGCAAAAACUUUACAUAUUCUGAAUUAUACGAAAUAUGUGCAUUGUGUACUGUACUUGGAUGUAAUAUACGAAGUGUCUAUCCGAAAAUUGACUUUCACCCUGAUAUGGCUGUUAUGAACAACAUCUUCACACCUGCUCCAUCUGUCACUGCUAAUUACGAAAUCACAAUUUUAUGGUCGCACGCCUGGGAUGAAAUGCAUGCACGGGCUGUCAACAAUAAUGUAUGGAGUCCCAAUCAUUUUGUUCCUCUCAUGUCAC